CAGAAGGGACCGGAAGGGAAAGCCACAACUGGUGUGGUGUGGUUUGCACUAAAAUGACAACUUUGGUGCUGGAUAACGGAGCCUACAACGCUAAAAUCGGUUACAGUCAUGAAAAUGUCUCGGUUAUUCCUAAUUGUCAGUUCAGGUCAAAAACAGCACGGCUUAAAACAUUUACCGCUAACCAGAUAGAUGAAAUAAAAGAUCCUUCAGGACUCUUUUACAUCCUUCCUUUUCAAAAGGGCUACCUGGUGAAUUGGGACGUUCAACGACAAGUUUGGGAUUACCUUUUCGGAAAAGAAAUGUAUCAGGUUGAUUUUUUAGAUACUAAUAUUAUUAUCACAGAACCGUAUUUUAACUUCACUUCAAUUCAAGAAUCAAUGAAUGAAAUUCUAUUUGAAGAAUACCAGUUCCAAGCAGUAUUAAGAGUAAAUGCCGGGGCGCUCAGUGCCCAUAGGUAUUUCCGAGAUAAUCCUUCUGAAUUGUGCUGUAUUAUCGUAGACAGUGGAUAUUCUUUUACACAUAUAGUUCCUUAUUGUAGAAGUAAAAAGAAAAAAGAAGCAAUUAUUCGGAUAAAUGUGGGAGGAAAACUCUUAACCAACCAUCUGAAGGAGAUCAUCUCCUACAGGCAGCUGCAUGUUAUGGAUGAAACACAUGUCAUUAAUCAAGUGAAAGAAGAUGUAUGCUAUGUGUCUCAGGAUUUUUACAGAGACAUGGAUAUUGCAAAGUUGAAAGGAGAAGACAAUACAGUCAUGGUAGACUAUGUUUUGCCUGACUUUAGCACAAUUAAGAAGGGCUUUUGUAAGCCAAGGGAAGAAAUGGUCCUGAGUGGAAAAUACAAGUCUGGGGAACAAAUUCUGCGUUUGGCCAAUGAGAGAUUCGCUGUUCCGGAAAUACUCUUCAAUCCGUCCGACAUAGGCAUUCAAGAGAUGGGGAUUCCAGAAGCCAUUGUCUAUUCCAUUCAGAACUUACCUGAAGAAAUGCAGCCACAUUUUUUCAAGAACAUCGUUUUGACGGGCGGAAACUCCCUUUUCCCAGGGUUUAGAGAUCGGGUCUACUCAGAAGUUCGAUGUCUGACUCCAACAGAUUAUGACGUUUCCGUGGUGCUGCCCGAGAACCCUAUUACUUAUGCCUGGGAAGGUGGAAAAUUGAUAUCAGAGAACGAUGAUUUUGAAGAUAUGGUGGUCACAAGAGAGGACUAUGAAGAAAACGGACACAGUGUCUGCGAAGAGAAAUUUGAUAUUUAAGGGACUUUCCUGAAUGCAGGUCUUGACUGUUGUCUUGA